AUGAAUAUAUGUCUACGUUAUCUCGGUGACCCUGGAUAUCAACAAGGUAUUGGUCAGGAACUUGGUGUUAGUCAAGCAACGGUAUCUCGGACUGUGGACAGAGUUGUUAACAGCAUAGUUGCACAGUCGAACCAAUGGAUCAAGUUUCCAACUACCAACCAUGAACUGAUGGAGGCCAAGCGGAUAUGGCAAAGCAUUUAUAAAUUUCCGACAGCAAUUGGUGUAAUUGAUUGUACACAUAUAGGAAUCCUGAAACCAUAUCGCCAUAGAGAUGAGUAUAUCAACCGAGAAGGGAAACCUACUUUAAAUGUGCAAGCCACUUGUGAUGCCAGAGAGAUGUUCACAAGUGUUGAUGUCAGUUAG